UUGUCAGAACAGUCGCUUAUAUCACGUCUUUAUUCCACUGCUAUAGAUGCCAAAUAUUCAUAUAUGUUUCUCAAUUUAAAUCAUGAAAUCAAAAUUUAAAAACAAUGUUGAGCAGUUUCAAAUGAAUUAAGAGUUCCGAAUUAUUCUGAUAUAAGUUUGAGUUCCGAAUUUUCAGGAACUCAAGACGUGAUUCAAAGGAAUGACUCUGACUGCUGGCAGCGUAACCCUUAAGAAGAAUGAUGGCAAUCUUAUUGGAAUCAGCAUUGGUGGAGGUGGCAAGUACUGCCCAUGCCUCUAUGUUGUUCAGGUGUUUGACAACACAGCAGCAUCACAAGAUGGCACGCUGCAGAGCGGAGAUGAGAUCACUGGAGUUAAUUCACACAAUGUGAAGGGCAAAAGCAAGACGGAAGUUGCUCAACUCAUACAACGCUCCCAGGGGUCAGUGACGAUUCACUACAACAAGCUACACCCUGACCCGAAGCAAGGCAAGUCUCUGGACAUCGUCCUGAAGAAAGUGAAGCACCGUCUCGUAGAGUCCAUGUCGUCCUCCACAGCUGAUGCCUUCGGGCUGUCCCGGGCCAUCCUCUGCAAUGACGCGCUCGUCAAGAAGCUUGAAGAUCUCGAUAAGGCGGAGGAAAUGUACAGGGCUCUCAUUGAUCAUGCUAAGCUCGUUUUCAAGGCUUUCUUCGAUCUCAUUCAAGUCUUCAAGAAUUUUGGUGACAUUUUUUGCCGCAUUGGUGUGCGAGAAAUCCAGCAGUCGGCCAACGAGGCUUUCAACCAGUUUGGCGAGGCCCAUCGCAUGAUGGAGAAGUACGGCAUCCAGAUGCUCAAGAGACUCAAGCCGAUCCUUGGUGAUCUCGGCACCUACUUGCACAAGGCAAUCCCCGACACUCGUCUCACGAUCAAGCGUUACGCCGACAUAAAGUUUGAGUAUUUAAGCUACUGCCUUAAAGUCAAGGAGAUGGACGAUGAGGAGAUACAAUUUGCCCAGCUGCAGGAGCCGCUCUACAGGGUCGAAACGGGCAACUAUGAGUACCGCUUGAUCCUGCGUUGUCGACAAGAAGCGCGUUCUGGGUUCGCGCGGCUGCGGUCUGACGUGCUGGUGAAGCUGGAGCUGCUGGACUCGAAGCACGUGCAGCACCUGACGACGCAGCUCACGAGGCUGGUGAGCCUGCUGGCUUCGUACCACACGCAGUGCCAGCAGCUCAUGCACGACAAGCACUGGUUCCCUAUAGAGCUCGACCUCGCGGGCACCACGCUCUACAACGCCCAAGACACCUACGAGGAUGAGGACGAGGAACCCACUGAGGGCGAUGAGGCUCUUCUUGAUGCGGUGGAGGCGGUAGAAGGCAGUGAAGGAAACUUGCUCGGCGAUGACGGCAGCAGCCUGCCAAAGAUCAGCGACCAGCUGUUGAGCAACGAACAGCUUCUGAGCAACGAACAGCUUCUGAGCAACGAACAGCUGCUCAGCAACGAACAGCUGCUGAGCAGAGUGCAGGGGCUUGAUCUCAGUGACGACGCUGGCCUCUGCAGCGACGCUCUGCUGACGCCUCUGGGCGGGGGGCAGGACGCUAGUGUGAGCCAAGCACCUUGGAUGCAGACCGCGAUGUCAGGACAACAGCCCCAGGCCUUCAUGUCCGCCCCCAGCAGUCAGGCCAUGUUGACCAAUAACGCAUCUCUUCCGCCCCAGCAAAACGUUGUUGCUCCGGCACCUGGCGUCUUGCUUCCACCAGCGAUGCACUCAACCGAAACUUGGGACAACGUGCAGCAGUUGUCAUCAAUAGUGUCGUCACUCCCACCUGGGUCCGGACGAUCGGACGGCAACAAGGUUCAGCAUCAAGUUACGGAAUUAUCCAGUUCCCAGCAUCAGCUUGCUGGACUUCCUAGUUCUCAGCUGCAUGCAACAGGGCAUCCAAGCUCGCACAAGAGUGCUGGAUUAUCUCAGUUGUCCCAGGAGCUCGCUGGCUUGACAGCCCAGAAUGUCGACUGCUUCAUGUCUCCGGAAAAAAAAUCUGCUGAAGCUGACGGAAUUUUUUGGCCGGCGUCUGAUUACUCUGAGUUGUCGUCGUUCGUGUCGAGCGCCACUGAGGACCUGAGAUCUCAGAGGCCGAGUGCUGGCACUCAAGAUCCUCAUGAUAAUCUCGAGGACGUCAAUUUAUUGGAUGCUUUUUGAAUUAUGGAGGUUAUUGGGCUUGGAUUUACCUUUACCUUGGAGUGGGUUCGCUUGAUCUUAACUGCUUUGUGUUUGUUGUGCUAGAAUUUGUUUUGAUUUAUUAAAAAAAAAUGUUUUUAGCCCGAUUUCAAUGCUUGCAGUCUUCGAAAAUAAUGACUUGUUAACUACGCAAAGAUUUCUGAGUAGGUACUUAUUGUUACUUACUCGAUACUGACAAAGUCCGGAUGUUACCCUAUCUUUUACACUGUAGCACCUCAACAUUAAUGUGUACGCACCAAUCUUACAUUCGAAUGUUAUUUGAGCCAUGUUGAGACGAGAAAUCAUAAAUGGUCAGAUUUUUCUCCUUAUAAUGUACCAUAUUAUAAAGGAUAAUUAUAUUAUGCAUUGUUAACAUUCCGCAGUUCUAACAAUACUAACUUUAAUUUUCUCUUCUGUUUUCCUUUAAGCACGGACUUUUUGUUCUAUAAAGGAGCUUCUUUUCUACCAUUUGACUUUUCGUAGUCAGGUUGUCUUCGGCAACCUUCUCUUUGCUACCGAGUCUUCUUUAAUUUAAAGCAAUUUUUAAUGUAAACCAAGUUUUUAAUUUAAAGCAAUUUUUUUACUCAAAGCCGUUUUUACUACUUUUUGACUACAUUGUAGUCCAUCAAAUUUUCUACACGUCACAUGACCUUCUACAGUGUUAUUUCUACGUAAACAUUCCUAAUCCAGUAUAUUUCUAUGAGAUGUAUGGCAUAUUUUUCUAGUCAAGCAAUAUUCAUGACAUCUUCAUAGCGCGUUAGAAUAAUUAAUAAGUUCGAAUCAAUUGCUUCCCUACUCCUCGCUGUUAUCACGAGGGUGUCUAGUCAUUGCAUUGUAGAAUUUAUUGAGUAUGUGAUCCUAGGUAUAUGUUACUUGGGUUCCUUUAUUUUAUGCCAGGAUCUAAUUUCUAGCUCCACUUCAGUUCUAGUCUCUUCCAACUGAACCGAAGUGGUGGGUCGAACUAUGCCAAGUCUGCUGCAGAGAUGUGCCCCUAGUCAGCUGCAGAGAUGCGCCCCUAGUCAGCUGCAGAGAUGCGCCCCUAGUCUGCUGCAGAGAUGCGCGUCUUGUCAGCUGAAUGCUCAACACAAUUUGACGAUCCACCAACACUAUUAAAAUUUGCCACUGCUACAAUUCCUGGCAUGUUGAGUCGGAAAUAGGAACGUGUUUGUUCAUCGUGCGAAGUGUAUCACUAGAGACGAGGCAUCAUACGUAAUGUGCUGCACCUCUUACGACGUGCAUCACUAGAGACGAUGUAUAUACUGCACGUUUGUAUUGUACCUAUUACGACGUACAGUCAAACGAAGCAUUCGUCUCUAUUGUCUGUAUGGUAUUCUUGGUGCUAAUGAGUUCAUGCGUAUUGAACCCAUUUCUUGAGCUUCAUUACGUGGCAUCAAUUCUGUUCAAACCUGCCGCUUAGUCAGCGAACAACGGCAGAUAAUUGUUUAGUUCGAGUCAACCGCAUUAUUUAUUGGUUCUCUUCGUUGCUUUGUUCUACUUGCAUUGUGUGUUGUUUCACAUUGUCAUCUUAAGGAGUUUUACUAUUUCUUGUGUUAUUCUAUGAAAUUCCUGCAAUGUGUAUUAUUUCAAAAUGGCUUACAAGCAUGUGAACCCAAAGUAGGAGCUUGUGUGAAGUUGUCGUCGUAAAGCGCAAAGCAGAAGAAAUUUCGACGAUAAUUUCAGCCUGAUUUCCAGGGUUACUAGUCGUAUUUCAGAUUAAGAUUUCAUCUUGUGUUUGAUUUCAUCAAUUUGUUAAUUAUAUCUUUUAUAUCGACGUAUGUUUGUUUUUAUUAUUAUGUGUUUUCCGUCGUGUUUUCAGUUUGAACAAAAUGCAUAUACUCCGUAA